UAUAAUGUACCAUUUUUCGAUUUACAUCUCUGUUUGCCUAAAUCUAAUGCCCUUAAGCCUGUGGUGGAGAUCACGGAGGACACUUCCGCAAAUUCCAACUCUGAGUCUCGGCAUCUUUAUGGCAAUGAGCCCGCUGCAAUUUCCAGCAACUUGGCUAAAUUUCACUUACAAACUGACGCCACGACCGGGGCUGAGCUGACCGACAGAGCCUCGUCUGUUUCGGACACUGAAACCCUUGGAAGCCAAGUAACACUUGGGUCGAAAUCUAAAUCGACUAUCCGGCUAACAGCGUCGACUCCUGAUGGUGUGCAGAUCUCAUUUCAUGAUAAAACUGAUCUCAGUGAGUAA